AUGUUUCGGAUCGAUCCAUAUUUGUUAGAUGUAAGUUGGGGCAUAAGGGCAUGUGCCGUGGAUACCUGCGAAAAAGGCGAUCAAAAUGGUGGCGCAAUAGCGGUGAUUGCUUCGAACACUGCCAAUGAUGCUGGAACAUAUUACGUACAUCAUAAUGCAACUUCAACAGGGAAUAAAAACGAAACUUGCAGUCACGAAUCUACCGUUGAUGGUGUUAUUGUGUCCAGUUAUCAACCAAACAGCCAAGCAUUGUUAAUAAAUUCACAACAAAUCUCACAUGAUUAUGUGGUACCAUCGUCAUCAUCAUCAUCAACAUCUUCGUUACCAUUAUCGCAUGUUGGAUUGCCUAAUGGAGGAGCAUCGAGCAACUGCAGUAGGAAUGUUGUUUCAGCAUCUGCUACAGGUAUGUGUGUUUUUUAA